UUGAAGGCAUGUCCGAUGAGGAGCUGCAGGAGAAAGCUUUGGGUUUAGCCAAACACACUCUGAGUGGGAAGACGGAUCUGGAGAGAGCGGUUGUGCUGCACCAGCACCUCGGGAGCAGAGCCAUGGGGGACAUGGUGAUCGAGACCUUUGAGCCCAGUCCAGAUAAAGGAGGAGGCGAGGACCCCGGAGGUUCGUCAGAGCAGGACAGUGACGCUCCGGCGGCUCAGACUGAAGCCGACAGUCUGGAGGUCACCGAGGGUUCUCAGGAGAACGGCGAGGCGACCAGCGCUGCCCCCGACUCGCCCUCCAAGCAGCUGCCGGACCAGAUCUCCUUCUUCAGCGGGAACCCGUCAGUGGAGAUCGUCCACGGCAUCAUGCACCUCUACAAGACCAAUAAAAUGACGUCACUGACGGAGGACGUGAGACGCAGCGCGAUGGUGUGCAUCCUGACGGUCCCCGCCACCAUGACCAGCCACGACCUCAUGAAGCUUUUGGCUCCUUUUAAUGACGUCAUGGAGCACAUGAAGAUCAUACGGGACUCCACCCCGAACCAGUACAUGGUUCUCAUCAAGUUCUGCUCACAGGCAGACGCAGACAGUUUUUACACGGCGUGUAACGGCCGCCAGUUCAACUCCAUAGAGGACGCCGUGUGCCAGCUGGUCUAUGUGGAGCGGGCCGAGGUUAUAAAGUCUGAGGAGGGAGCCAGUCUGCCGGUGAUGGAGCUGACCGAGCUGCCAAAGUGCACCGUGUGCCUGGAGAGGAUGGACGAGUCCGUUAACGGCGUCCUCACCACUCUCUGCAACCACAGCUUUCACAGCCAGUGUCUCCAGCGCUGGGAGGACGCCUCGUGUCCUGUGUGCAGGUACUGCCAAACACCAGAACCGGUCGAAGAGAACAAGUGCUUUGAGUGCGGCGUGCAGGAGAACCUGUGGAUUUGUCUGAUCUGCGGCCACAUCGGUUGCGGUCGUUACGUCAGCCGGCAUGCGUACAAGCACUUCGAGGAGACGCAGCACACCUACGCCAUGCAGCUCACCAACCACCGAGUCUGGGACUACGCAGGAG